AUGACUUCCAUCGUUGUUCCUUCCCUUGGGAAGAAGGAAGCGGUUUUUCUGGAUGUUCUUUGUCCGCUUCACAACAUGCCCUCCUGGAAGAUCCUUGGGUCAACCGGGAGAGGAAACAAAAACCUGUCUCAAAGGGUACUGUACCACACACGAGAGACUCGGCCUCGCGCUCAUGCGACGGUAUCGGGUUAUGUGGGGUUGUAUGGUUCCGUGGGUUUGAGGGAUAUGUUCAUCUGUCGUCGUCUGCUCCCAGCAUUCCUCAACUCCUGUCUGCGCCAGUACUUGAUGCUCGCCCUCUUAUGUCUCGAUUGA